GUUACUGUUAACAGGUUUGACAACCACGAGCUUUUCGUCUGCUUACAUUAACGACGGUUUACCGGCUUAUUUUACGGAUAAAGUGUACAACAAGACCGUGACAAUGGCUAAGCAAAUAACACAGCAGACUUUUGAUAAUGUUGUAAAAGAAAACAUCGAAGAAUUUGAUAUGACGCCAGAAGAGGCAGUUCAAGAUGCUGUUCAGCAGUUCGAAAUUCAGGGUAUUAACCUAGACAACAUAGUGAAAGAUCCAACUCUGUAUGGCCAAGGCAAUGGCAUUGGUGGAUCAGGGGAUAUCACUUCAGUUCAUCCUGUGUUAGAAGCAUUUCAGAAGCUAAACCUUCAGCUGGAGAGAGGACAACCAGAUUUCAAAAUCAUCAGCAGCAGCCUUGAGAAAAUACGCGAUGAAUGCAAUAUUGAUCUUGCACACAGAUGUCUUGCAGGGAACCACCAGGCUUACUCAUCUCUAAUGAAAACUUUGCACAUGUUUUCUACAGACAUUUCCAUAACUAAAGCGGUGCUUCAGUCAUUCUGUGCAUUGUUAAAUGGUCAGCCAGAUCUCUUAGAAGAAGAUGGAAGCUCCCAUUUUGUGAAGCUUCUUGACAGUUUUAAAUCCGACUGCGAGAUUCUUGAGCUGGUUGUUAAAGUGAUUCGUCUUUGCUGUGUGAAACAUGAGAUUAAUCGUCAGACAUUUGUGGGGAAGAAUGUAAUUGUCCUGUUGACAGAGCUCUUAACACUUCACCAGUCAGUGCCAUCUCUCGUGAAAGAAAUCUGUUUUACUUUACGUGUUUUUACAUUUGAUGAUGACGUUCGUGUCCCAUUUGGUAAGGCCCAUGAACAUGCAAAGAUGAUUGUCACUGAAGGAUGUGCUUUGAAGGCCAUUCUCAAGAUCUGUGAAGUGUAUGCUCACAAUGUGAAUGUGCUUGGAGAACUUUUUUUGACACUUGGAAGUCUAGCAGUGAGAGAUGAGUUCUGUAAAGAGGUUCUCAACCUAGGAGGCGUGAAUCUCAUUCUGCAAGCCUUUGAACACAACAUAGGAGACAAGGCAAUAGUGCGGCAGGCAUUAGUGGUACUGAAGUCUCUCGCUGGCAGUGAUGAUGUCAAACUGGCAGCAGUGAAGCUUAAUGCCGUGGAGCUGGUGGUGGCAGCUAUGACAAAGCAUGCCAACAAUGCUGCUAUUGCUGAGGUUGGAUGUGGUGUGCUAGUGGCUUUAACUUUGAGGAAUCCUGAACAUUGUGCACGAGUCAUUGAAUGCAAAGGUCAUGAAACAGUGGUGCAGGUCAUGAAGAUACAUGCACAAGAAGCUGGAGUACAGAAACAGUGCUGCAUGGCACUAAGGAACCUGGUCGUCCGAACGCGAGAGUAUAAUCCACUCAUUUUGGAAUUGGGUGCUGAAUCUCUGUUGAAUAAGGCAAUUGCCAACCACAAGAGCUGUGAGGAUGAGGCCAAGGCAGCCCUCAGGGACUUGGACUGUGCAGUGCAACUAAAGGAGCUUUGGACUGGACAAAAGGGAUCUCUUCAGCAAUAACAUGAUCAGGAUCACUCUAGCAAAAAAAAAAAAAAAAUUUGCAUGAACUUCAGGAUUGCCAGAUGCAUCGGUUAUUUUUUAAAGUUUGUUUUAAAAAACCUAAGAUUGAGCUUCAAGUAUUUUUCUCUAACACUUGUUUGAAAUGCUUGUAAUAAAUGAAGGACAGUUACAAUGUACCCAUCUCCACCCCAAAAAUUACUGUAUGAUUUCAGAAAAGUACUUUUACAAUGUGCUUGUGUUCAUGAAAGCCCAUUUACAUACAAACAUUUAUGCUUGCAUGCAAUUUAGAUGUACAUUUUGCAGGCAGGUGGAUUGAAAUGGUCUCCUAAAAGUGAAUAAAAGUUUUAAAUUUAAAA